AAAAAUUGCGUGUAUUGUGUCAUGGCGGUAUUCCGUCGUCCGUGCGUGCUGUUGCUCAGCGCUAGCUGUCGGAUCUUGUGGCUGACUUUGUGCGCACCAUUUGUUUUGUUUAGUGUAAGUUAAUGACAAGACCCUGAACGAUUAUUGACCAACUUUCGUGUUGGAAGACGUCGGUGCUGUACAACACCAAAUGACCGUUAGUGCGCACCACGUUGUGUACCGCAGUAAUGCCGACUUUGAUGAGUUGUUUCCCGUUCGCAUCUCUUACCGAUAGCCGACCAAAGAAGCACUUCUUGCCGGAUACGUAACGCCUUGCAGCUUCUUGUUGCACUCUUGUCUGUGCGCCGUUAUGAUCCAAUGCCAUUGUGACUGACAGGUGGCUUCGUUUGUUGUAUAGUUGGACAGACGUCAACGGUGCUUCAGUAUGAUGGAAGAAUCGUCGUGCGAUGCUAAUCAUGGGUUCGUCGAGAGCACCGAAAGCAUCGCUCCUCGGUUUUCUGGCCGCUUGGAGCUCCUUGCGGAGUCCAGCGCAGGCAGUGCCGCAGAAAACAUGGAGGAAAGCCGGUCGUCCGAUGCGUCGAGCCAGUGCUGCACUGACGAUACGGCGAACGAAGCUGUUUGCGAAAACACACUGGAUAGCAACGACAACUCAACACGACACAGCGAUCAAAGCGACGACGGUAACGGCGACUGUACCAAGGCGCCCAACAGCGUGGCGUCCGAAAGCCCGCGCGCCGAGCACGAGGCGGAUGUGUCGACAGUGUCUGCUUUGGAUGAGGAUGCGAAACAAGGUGCUUGUAUUCUUGAAGCCGACGUUUGUGUGAAAAAAAAUAUCGGCAAUGAACAGUCUCGACAGUGUGAGAGCCGAAGCGAAGACGACGUGAACAAGACAUGGUGCGCAGAAACUUCGAACGACAAAUCUGAGUUGGAUGCCGAGAGCGGCGCCGGCAGCACCAGUGGCCACAAGCGGAGGCGUUCCCGUGCUGUGCCAGUUUACACUCCUGGGACUCGUGUUGAGGCGAGAGAUUUUCAGGACAAAUGGUAUGCUGCUAAGGUUGUGAGCGUUGAUGAAGAGGAUGGCGACGUGCUCAUCCACUUUGAGGGUUGGAGCUCUCGCUAUGACGAAUGGCUUCCCAUGGAUAGUCCACGGCUGCGGCUUGCAGCUAACCUUCACACGCGCAAGGAAGUGAAGAAGCACCGUUACAGAAAAUCGGAAUACAAAAAAGGAGAGGAGGUGUUAGCAAGGUGGGGCGACCGCAGGAAGUACCCUGCAAAAAUAUUGGAGGUAAAAGAAGACGAAUUGUACGCUGUAAUCUUCUACGAUGGGAUCGUCAAGACCCUGAAAGCAAUUAAUAUUGAAAAGAUGCCCAGUGAUCAGAAGGGCAGUGUGGCUUUUCCUCGAGCACCUCAGAGAGAAUCCGAAAGCAAGCGUCAUCGUGAUUCAUCAAGCGACUCUUCAAAGAGGAGCCACAGCAGGCACGGAGAGCAGCGGAGGUUGUCUGAGGGUAGCAGCAAGGCACAAUCCUCUAUGGACACCAAGAAGAGUAGCAAGAAGGCAACGAAACCCAGGCUGUCCAAGCAGAGCUCCAAGUCGGACGCCCGGAGGCUGGAAAAAAGAGAAGCAAGUGCUUCUCCUGCAACAAGCACCUCAAGUACCUCAUCGCAAUCCAAGAAGAAAAUAUUGCUUGUAGGAGGGAAAUUUAUGGCCAAGAAAGCCAUCUACCCUGAAACACCCGCAAGCUCCAAGCGCAGAAGUGAUAGCAAACGUAAAUCGAGUCUCGCGGGGGAUGAGGCUUCACCAAAACGGGAAAGAAAAUCGUCAGCUACAGCAAAAGAUCUUGCAGAUGGCAGUUCUCAUGCUUCACUUGAUUUUCCACACACCGUCACAGCUCAAGAUCACUGUGCAUCCUCUGGCUUAGAUGUCUGGACAACUGCGCAGUACACGCCAGAUGGCAGACGAAUUGCCCCCAAGGAGUUUAUCAUUGAAGAGGAUCACAACCACUUCAAGUGUCACUUUGAGGGUUGUAACAAGAGCUUCCGCAAGGAACCCCUCCUGGCAUCGCACCUCAAGCAUUACCAUGGAGGCAAGCCUGUGCUGCCAGCAACGCCCGAUCGUACUCCACCAAGCACAACUCCUGAUCUGCCUCAGCCUGUCUCCUUUGAAGCAGUUGAGCAAGAGCUGGUCAGAGCCAAGUCAGAGCACCCUUCAGAGGCCCCCAUGCCUGAGGCAGCUUUUGAAGACUUGAGUGAGGCUUUUGGUCACAAGGAAGGAGAUGGACUGCCCAUUGAUGAAGCAGCUGUGUGUCCUGACAAGGCUAGUGUUUUGGAGGCUGGGGCAAAGCUGGAGACUCCAAUAGUAUCUGAAGAAGCGACUGGAACAGGUGCACCAAGCACUGAGCAACAGCAGCAGCAGCAACCAUUACCACUGACAAUGCCAGAGCAAACACCAGCACUGGAGCAGCUCUUCACAGCACUCCCACCACCUACAUCAGCUGCUGAGGUGCAACAGACAGCAGCAGCUGCAGUGACCCCUGCUACCACCACAACCCCCACCACACCUGCAGUUCCACUUGCCAAGCCACGGCGCAUGCGCUUCAUUCCUCACUUCACUACACUGGUAGAAGGCAGGGAGAAGCGCAAGAUUGCCAAGACUGAGAAAGCUCUAAUCGCCGACAUGGAGGCUGCAGCCAGCCGCAGGGCAUCAGCUGGAUCUGGAAGUGAUCGCAAGCGCAAGCGCACAUCAAGCACACGUAGCGACAAGUCGGAUGAUGGCAACAAGCGCGGUGCUACUGUUAAGGAAGAGAGCAGCCGUAAGGCAAAGGCUUCCGAAACAGCCAAGGAAAGUUCAGGGCAUGGACCUGAAAGUACGCCAACUACUGAUUCUGGUGAUACAUCUUUGGAGGUAAAGAGUGAUGAAGUUGUAAUGUGCGUGUGCAAUUGUGAAGAGGAAAGUGGCCUCAUGAUGCAGUGCGAAGUGUGCCUCACAUGGCAGCAUGGAGCAUGCUUCAAAAUUGAAGAGGAAAGAGACGUCCCCGACAAGUACAUCUGCUACAUGUGUGUGGCACCCAAAGAUAAUACAGACUUGCAGGCCGUGACGGAGUGCAAGCAAGAACUUGGCUCAGGCAUGCGAGAAAGUUCUCGGUUCAAACUAGACCCGGAUUGGUUCCAACAUGGCAAGAUGGCCUCCUUUGGCUUUUUGAAGGAGAGGCCUGCUAACCUUCCCAACCCAGAGCCCAUAAAAGCAACUCAUGACCUCAUGUGUUCUGUGCACAAUGUCCAGGCAGUACUGCAAAGCAUCGCCCACAAGAUCAAUGUGGCAAGUGAAAAGAGCCAUCCAGACUUGAAGUACUUCACUGUGCCAUGGGUGAAACGAAAUGUUGCUAACGAGGCACUGGAAGUCCUUGAAAAGCAAGAUCGCACCCCGAGAAGCCCUGAAAAGGACGAGUCAAGGCCAAGCGGGCACAUGCAUCUGUCAACCUAUGAUCAUGCUUACUUCGCACCUGAAAGAGCCACGACUCCUGAGCUGACACAAGAAGCUCCAGACGUUAUCAUCAGUACUGGUGGUGACAGCAGUGCAGGUGACCUUCUGGUGCAGGACAUAGCCAUGGAGGCCUUUGAAGUCGGCUGUGUUGAAGAAGUUGUCAACAAAGGAGAGGAACUGGAUAUCAUUGGGGGUGAGGAAGAGGUCACCUCACUCAGCGCAGAUGAAGACGGCCGGGGCAGCAGUGCUUCUGCUUCCACAGCACCCGGGGCUUCCCCAACAAAGAGCAGCAGUGUGUCUAAGCAGGCCAGUGGCGCGGAAGAAGCGAGCCUGGAUGUUGAAGCCUGUAAAGUAAACCUGUUGCAUCAUGUCCUUGAUCUGGAAGACCAACUGGAAGGGAGGAUGGACGCUUUGGAGGAGCAGCUUCGGGUGCUUGAGCAUGAGGGCUCCAUCAAUGGCACAGACUCAAGCAUAACAGAAGAAGAGGACAUGCUGCGGCUGAAGUUAUCGCUCAAAGGCCUCAUGAAGGACUUGAACGCAGUGCAUCGGUUGACACUGUUCCGGUGACAUGGAUUGUGCUACCGACGGACAGUACGUGGUUGACAGCACAUUGUGUACAUUGUUGUGUGGAAGCUUUCAAUUGUGUCUGAUCUUCGGUGUGAACAUUUUUCUUUAUUUGCUACCAACUUCUUGCAUACUUUUGAAUGGUCGGGCCAGUAGCAAGAAGAUGUGCAUUUACUACGCUGCAACAAACCCACAUUUGUAGAUAUGCUGUUAGUCUAGAGAGAAAGAAAAAUAUCGCCAUUUAGUUUGUGCAGUGUCAUGCUGGUAUUUAUUUAUUUCUUGUGGAAAGCUGUUCUGUGUGUCUGAGAUGUGAAAGUUUGUGGAAAACUUCAAAUUUUUAUUUAUAUGUGUAUAACUUGUGAUGUCACUAUAUUUCAUUACCUGCUUUACUGUUUGUUACUUCAUGUUGAAAGCUCUGUAGGGAUUAAAACCUUGGAAAACUACUGACUAGCUCACGAAAGAACUUGUGCUAUUUAUUCUGCCUGUACUUGCUAUGAAAUAUUUCAGUCCUCUUCUUUUUCUUCUGAUGCAGAAAAUUUUUGAUACUGCUGAGAAAAAAACUUUUUUUGCUGUGUCACCACAGGCAAUGUGUACUUCUGAUUUCUUCCAGAUGAUAAAGGCAAAUACUAUUGCAUACAGACAUUAUAUUAAAUGGAACAGAAAAUGCUCUCAUUGUGUGAAAUCUGAAUUCAAAUGAACGAAGAUCAGUCUAGCUAGAAGAGCCAUACAGACCCUUUUCACAAUUGACAAGUGCGCUUCUCUGCAUGGCACAUUUGCUUAACCAAUGGCAGCACCCGUCAUCAUUCACAGAAACAGAGAGACUAAGUGCUAGCUGCACAUGCUGGGGCUUGUCUCUUGCACGUGGUUUCAUCACAAGAACCACAUCUACAUUUUAAUACAACAGUGGUAAGGGCCUCGCGUCGCAGAAAAUCCAGUGUUGGUGUUGGCACCGGCGUCAAUGUAGUUGUCCAUGAGCGAAAUUUUUUUCAUAUGUUUAGGUGUAUGUAUAGGCCAUGCCUUGCUAUAUGGCAUGUGGUAUAUAUGGGUUAUAUUGCCAGACCAUUCUAUCACUAAAGUUGCGCAUACCUUGUCUUACAUUCUUGCCAAAGUUAUUCCUCGGAAUUUUGAGAAUGACAGCCCACAAACAAAUGUCAACAAAACACUGACAGUACAUUCCUUUCAUGUUAAAUCUUCUCAGACUUAAAUGUUAAAACUGCGAAACAAUAACAGAAACCUUUCACACAGAAACGACGACGGAAACAAUAACAGUUGAGAGUUCAAAGCUAGUCUAAAUUAGCUGGACCCACUAGCUACGACAGCAAUAAGUAGGGUGGCCAAAGUUUAAUUCCUAUGGGGGCAGCCACUGCGUGUCAGCAGAUGAUGGCCGGCUUCUUCCGAAAGUAUGUAAUUACCGAAAUUCAAAAGCAGAUUUUCGCUUACUUCAGCCUGUUUAUUAAACUUUGUCGACAAUAUACACAGUAAGAGUAGGAGGAAGUGCACUGAUCCAAACACCCUUCUUGUUGGAUGUCAGAUAUUGGCCAAUAGCAACCACAUAUGGGAAUCUGCUAUACUACGAAGUAAAGCAUCCAGAUAAGAGUGAGGAGCAGGCUUCUGUUGAAAAGAAAGCGUUUGAGAGAAAGGUGACUGCGAUUAAAAAACUGACUGAGUGAGAAAACUGAUGGCAAAAUGCCUGAGCUGUUCACAGCAGCAUACACUAUCCAAGGGCUGUGUUUUUUCACCAAGCCCGAGAGGGGGUUUAGGACUCCUUUAAAGGGCCCCUCACCAGGUCUGGCCAUUUUGAGCUGACAAGCGCAGAGCAUACAAUGUGCGCCAACGAUCGUGUUUGCAAAGAAUUGCAUUGCUAUGCGCCACGGAAAGGUCUGAAAUUUCAAUCCAAACGCCGUUUUUCCUUUCCCUCGCGGUUACUGCGCUCCAAGCCGGGCAGCGACGUCCUCGUGUCCGCAUUCUGACGUCGCUUGUAGUGACACGUGACUGGGAUAAUUAUUGAAGGCAACAUCUGUUAUUUGUGGGAUCUGUUGCUUCAAUUGACGAAUUGAAGUUUAGAGAAAUAAUGAAACAUACAAAAGGGAUGUCUGCAUGCUUUUCAUUUUACUUUGCACCGAAGCAAGAGAGAUUACUUCCGCUUCGUCUGCUUGUUCCCACGGUCAGGUAGUCGCAUGCGCAAGUACUGAAACUAUGCCAUUUUCUACAGUGUUCCAGCGCUUGAUCAUGCUGUACAAUCCGCUUGUUCUGCCUCAGCAUUCGUGUAGCACUGAAUUUUGCUGCUAGUCGUGUCCUUGUGUACAGCGUGCAAAAUCGUGGACUGCGCCAAGGAGACAACAGCUCGUGCGAAAAGCCAUCAGCGAAAAUGCGCAGCGGCAAAAAAAAAACACGAGGAGCAAGAAACAUGGAAGGCGGGGCCUGUGACAUAUGCGCCACACGAUCGUUGAGGUCCAGUAUGGGAGAACGCAGGGAGAAAUUUCGCUUGCGGAGGCUAGACUGGGCAAGUGGAGAGAGCAUCUUGCUCGGCAGUGGGACCCACCUGCUGAAAUCAUGGGUUCGCGGCACCGAAUUUUUUUUUUUUUUAUUUAGUUUGGUACUGUCAAUCCCAUUAGGGAUUUUUACAGGAGUGGGUUAGAAGGGUCUGUAGACAUUGUAGUACAAGCAUAUACAUAAGAAUACAAAAGGGUACUUGGUAAGUGUAGAGUUUCAUGGACCUAUGUUAACAGCAAUAAGUAUGGCAAAAACAUAAUGCACAAAGAGCUUAUUUCAAUUACAUAUGAUGUUUUGCAAAGAAAAAAGAAGGAAUAAGCAUAUGGUUAUACAAUUGAUAGCAUCAUACAUCAUUUCACAUCACACAUUUCCAAAAACAUUUGGUAAUUAAUACAAUAAUAAAGACAAUGUUGAUAACAUCAUUUAGUUGUGAUUGACAGUACUGUUGUGCCAACAAUUUCAACAAAUUUGUCAACAGUGGGCUGUGCGACUGACGUCUGGGCUAAAGCAUUCCAAUUGCGAACUGCUCUCGGGAAGAACGAAAAGCUGAAUGUAUUGUUAGCGCAAGAAUAUUCCUGGAGUGUAAGGUGAUGCUUGUGACGGGUUUCUCUGGAUGUGUUAUAGGAAAUAUAGGUGUUAGAAUCCACAUGAACCUUAUUAUGCAGGAUGAGAUAAAAAAAUGAGUCUGUGCAGCAUCGCACAACUGCUUAGUGUGUGAAGGCCGAUCUCGGAUAGCAUCCGAGUAUGAUGGAAUAAAAUAUAUGAUGAAAUGAAAUAUUUCUAUCUCAGCUGUUAAUGAACCGGGUUGAAAAAUUUUUGCAGCAGAACGCUCCCUUGUGGACACGUAACAACUUCCGGCAUGUAACCAAAAUUUGCUAUGGGGCCUGGUGAUUGGCGCUUUAAGGGAGCUGUGUGAGCAGAAACUACACAUGCCUAUUGCACAUGCACAAGGCAGAAACUUGACAAAAAGUUGGAGAGUAGGCCUGGUUUGUCCAUGCAAAUCACAAAGGAUUCUCUUCUCAAAACAGUUGGCACACACAAAGAAAGGAAGAAAGACAAGAACAUGGGUAGUACAGUGCUAUGCUGCCUUUUUUCCUGUAUAUCUUCUUUUUUGUGUGUUCGGGUGAAAACAAGGUGAACCGCGAAAUUUAUUCUUUUUUCUUUUCUACUGUACGAAGCCAACAGACAAUAAAACCAGGGAAAGCAUAAGGGCUCAUUGCGUAGUAAGGGCCCUGACUUUAGCAGCCUUGAUGCUGUGAGGUAGCAUGCAUGACAUUUAUUCACAUACUCUGUGGCAUUUGCAAUUAAAAGCAUGUACUGCUUUCACCGUCAUGGCUGUCAGUGUUGUUGGCUUACAUUGUCGGGCCUGUAUCAAGUGCAGAUAAAACGCAGAUACCUAAGGAAGUUGAUGAGAGGAUGGCCACUGUGGUAGCUCAAUUUGUAGCAGUGCACACAAAAGGAGAAAGAUUUGGGUUUUGCUCUCACCUGCAACAAGUUGUCUUUUUUUUACCAUUUUCAUUUGUCUUUUCCUUAUUUUUGCACGUCAAUUAAAGAACAUUUAAUUUCCCUAAUGCUUUCCCUGGUUUCAUUGUCAGUAUACUUCAUGGGGUUCCUUUUUAUGUUUGUAUUAGCUGCUGUACUUCGUAAAAUCCUUGUAUAAGAAAUUUGAUGGACAUGGCAAAUGAUGCUGCAUGGUCAAAGUGGGGUUUCUUGUGAAUACCAUGGAGAGAAAGCUUGAAGGAAAUGUGCUGGUAAAUUGUCUUUCGGCGCUCCUUGACUUGACUCAUCUUGAACAUGCAAAGGCGCAGCAUUCGUAAGUAGCACUAAGCACCACUGUUUUCCAUGUCUCUGUUAGCAGAAUUGGCAAAAGUAAGAAGACAUUGAUUGAUCCCAUGCUCACAUAUUGUUAUGCUUUUGCAAAAAGUAAAGCCUCUUGUUAGUA